GCACCGCUUAACAUUACAAAUAAACGAGAAAAUGUGCACGGCGGAGGCGAGGCCGAAAACAGUUAGUGACAUCUUCGAGCGCCUAUCGCGCCAUCUUGCGCUCGACGGCGGCGUGCGGAACUCGCGCGAAUUUGCCGAGCUAAACAGAAACUCUGAACGCGUCCAGUUCGCCCGCGCGCUGCUCGAGCGCUUCGAUCUGAUGCCGCGUUGCGAAGUUGGCGCGAAAAGUCGCAAGAUGGCGGACGAACUGCGCGAGGCGGGAAAUCGACUUUUCAAAUUUAAAAGCAACGCACUCGCCCUAGAAAAGUACACGCAAAGUGUCGCGUACGCUCCAAAGGACAGCGAGCAGCUCGCGUUAGCUUUUGCUAAUCGAUCGGCAGUUUUAUACGAAUUAAAACUCUAUCAAGAAUGCCUGAGGGAUAUAACACAAGCAUUCUCGAGUAAUUAUCCUCAACAUCUGCACCACAAGUUACUAAAAAGGAGAGAGAACGCGGAAGCGGCUAAAAGCGCGCAAUGCGAAGUAAAUUACCACGAAAGCGUCCCGACGCUGUCUUCUACCCCUAAUCCGGACAUCGAGUGCGCGAGUAGUUGCAUUCGAAUAUCCUUCGAGGAAAACCAGGGCAGGCACGUCGUGGCCGUAAAUGACAUAGAGAUCGGUGACGUGGUCGCGAUCGAGGAGCCAUUCACGAAGAUCCUCUUAAGGGAUCACUACCUCACCCAUUGUUAUAACUGCCUGAAGCCAUCGCCGAAUUUAAUUCCCUGCGAUAAUUGCGUAUUAGCGUUGUAUUGUGACGAAGGCUGUAGGAGGUUAGCGUCGGAUACCUUUCAUAAAUAUGAAUGCCCAAUUUUGGCGACGUUAUUAGAUUUGAACGUCAAUAAGUUUGGGCUUCUGGCAUUGAAAAUUUGCAUUCUGGCGGAAUUUAAACAAGGGUCCGGAGAUGAGGCGACCCGUUAUAAAUCCGGAAAUUAUCGGGAGAUUCACAAUUUAAUCACGAACGCGCAUUUGAGAGACUUAUCCGAUUUGUUUCAUAAGGCGGCGAUGGCCGCCGUUAUUUACGAGCUGUUCGAGAAGAAUACACAGUUUUUUAACGAUGGCAGCGCGGAGAGGCGAGACAUUUUCAAGGACCUGUUGCUACUUCACCUGCAAACCGGACCAUCCAAUUUUCACGAAAUUUCCCAAAUAAAUAAUGAGAGGGAUGGCGUAUCCGAAUUGGAAGAAAUAGGAGCUGGCGCGUAUGCAUUUUUAAGCUUGCUGAACCACUCCUGCAACCCUAAUGUUAUAAGAUACUGCUACGGAAGCUCGAUUGUUCUGAGAGCUUUGAGGCCGAUCGCCAAAGGGGAGCAGUUAUUCGAUAACUACGGAUAUCAUUAUGCGGUCAUGCAGAGAGAAGAACGCCGGAGGCGCUUAACGAACCAGUACUUCUUUCAUUGCGAAUGCGAGACCUGCGAGAAUAAUUGGCCCUUGUAUCAGGAGUUGCCAAUCCGCGGUACUAAAAUUUCGAUAACCGUGGAACAAAUAAAAGCUCUUGCGGACGGAUCCAUUGAAGUGGCAAAUUCUGUAAUGGACUAUUUAAAAAAAACUGCCGAAACUUUGGAGGGAACGAGACCGUGUAAGGAGCUCGCUGACGUGCAAGAAAUAUUGAAACAGUGCUACGCUAUUUUUGGAAACAGACGACAAACCUUUUAAGUUCAGGCAAACAUUUUCUUUACGCAAUGGACGGAUUUUCUGGAUGGCAUUUUGUUUUAUUGUGACUUUUUUUUCAACUUUUUACAUUA